GCGGGAGGCGCCGGGAGCCUCGCCGCCAGGCGUCUGGCAACAGGUUUCCUUCCGUCUCACGACUCCCAGCGUGGGACCCGCGCCCUUCUUGGUUCGCACGCUCCGUCCUGUUCCUGGCAAAAUGAAGGACCGGCUAGCUGAACUUGUGGAGUUAACCAAGAACUAUGACCAGCAGUUCACAGACGGAGACGAUGACUUUGACUCGCCCCACGAGGACAUCGUGUUCGAGACGGACCACAUCCUGGAGUCGUUGUACCGAGACAUCCAGGACCUUCAGAACGAAAACCAGCUGCUGAUGACCGACGUGAAGCGGCUGGGAAAGCAGAACGCCCGCUUCCUCACGUCCAUGCGGCGCCUCAGCAGUAUCAAGCGCGACACCAACUCCAUCGCCAAGGACAUCAAGGCCCGGGGCGAGAACAUCCACCGCAAGCUGCGCGCCAUGAAGGCGCUGAGCGAGGAAGCCGAGGCCGGGCGCGGCCCCAACUCGGCGGUGGCACGCAUCUCGCGGGCGCAGUACAGCGCGCUCACGCGCACCUUCCAGAGCGCCAUGCACGAGUACAACCAGGCCGAGAUGAAGCAGCGCGCCAACUGCAAGAUCCGCAUCCAGCGCCAGCUCGAGAUCAUGGGCAAGGACGUCUCGGGCGACCAGAUCGAGGACAUGUUCGAGCAGGGCAAGUGGGACGUGUUCUCUGAGAACUUGCUUGCCGACGUGAAGGGCGCGCGGGCGGCCCUCAACGAGAUCGAGAGCCGCCACCGCGAGCUGCUGCGGCUGGAGAGCCGCAUCCGCGACGUGCACGAGCUCUUCUUGCAGAUGGCCGUGCUGGUGGAGGAGCAGGCCGACACCCUGAACGUCAUCGAGCUCAACGUGGAGAAGACCCUCGACUACACUGGCCAGGCCAAGGCGCAGGUACGCAAGGCGGUGCAGUACAAGAAGAAGAACCCCUGCCGGACCCUCUGCUGCUUCUGCUGCCCCUGCCUCAACUAGCGGAUCGGCCCGGCCGCCUCACCCCACCCCUGCCAGCAAUGGCCGGGAAACACCCCGGGGAAGAUCUGGGGCUCCUCCACGCAGGGGUGAGUUGCCCCAAGCCUUAUGGACUUCGGUCCUUGGAGAAAGAAGAAUUUUGAGGGGCGAGAAUUCCCAACCCAUCUUGUGUUUGGGAAGGGGCUGAUGCUGUCUGGUGUUUCUUCAGUAAGGACAGACACUCACUGAAGUUGUGUGAGGUCAUCAUCUGGCACGUGGCCCCCUUUCCCUCUCCACGGAAGCCGGAUAAAGAACUGACGCUGUAGUUUACUGUACCGUGAAUGUCCAUGGCAUGCUUCCUAAUGAAACUCUCAGGGGAAGUCAGUUCUGCAUCGGCUGAUAGUAUGAGCUCGUUAUCAAGGCUCAAAUUCCUUCACCUUAUCCUGAAAGUCCCUUGGUUCUGUUCAAUUUCACAUGACCUGGAUUUGGGGGAAAACUGUCCGUCUUUCAUUUCUGAUUCUUCAUCUGGCUUAUCCUGUGUGAUUCCUGCCUCGAUGCAUACCUUCUUUCUGCCCACCUCCCCUACUUACCACAUUUAACACAUUAUUUCCUUAUCUCUCUCACUUUUAGUAUUUCCCAUCAGAAUGUAUUUUGGAUUUUUUUCCAAAUAUUUUUAAGCACUGAGUUUUGAACACACACUCAAAUUGAAGUAUGUUACCCGUCAUAUUUUAUAUAUUUUUCAUAAAUAAUUUAAAAUUUAUCUUUUUACUUGAUAAUACAAAUGCACAUAAAUAUGUAAAUGUAAAAUACUAAUAUUAACACAUGUACAGAAGGACCAAUUGGUUUAACUUGACUUUUGUAAAUAUGGUCUAUAAAUACCAAGAGCAAUACUUGUACUGAUCAUUGGUGUUGGUUUGCUUGUUUUGAGUUUAUCUUGCUCCCAUCUGCAUAGUCACAAUUCUAUUUUGAACCACUCUGUGUUGGUUGUGGUGGUACAGACAGAUGUCAAAGGCUAAAAUGCAUACAGAACUGGAGAUGAUAAAAUAAUGUCUUUGUAAAUACUUCUUUUGUUUUAUUGUGGACCAUUUCUUUCAUGUACUGAAAGGGAGUAACUUAAAAUAAUAAUGUUUCUCAAUUUAGCUUAAUAAACAUUACAUUAUAAUA